AUGGUAGCCUCUCUCUGUAAUAAUUUCUCUGUACCAAGCACCUCCUUUAGCUUUAAGGAUCUCUUAUCUCAUCUACCCUCUCCUUCUCAUCCUGUUCCUGAACCAUCUUCCUCACCUAUCUCUACCUCUCCCAUACUUGCUUCUCCUUCUAUCCCUAUAACAUCCUCUCCCAUUCCAUCUACUUUAGCCAUCAUCACUGUUCCUCAACCUACUCCUUCUCUGACUCUUCUACCCAUUUCUCAAGCUAUUUCUCCACUUACUCAGCUUCCCCCUCUUCCUAUUCCCAUUACCUUACCUACAGUCCCUACUUCUUUCCCACCUUCUGAUGUUGACAAAAAGGGAGAGAAGGAAUCUGUUUAG